GCGGGAGCUCCUUCCCAUCCGCGCCUUCCCAUUAUUUCCCCCCAGGCUCGAGCCCUGUGAUGAAAAGCAGGCGCAAAGAGGCGCAAUCUCAUUUGUCGAAUUCAGUAACCCACAGGGUAGCAAUGGGGAUCGCGGAUCGCUAAGAUAAUCCGAAAAAAUACGCGUUGUGGUGAUUGGCCCAUGUCCACCCUAAUCUGCUCAAAAGUUGAGGCGAACUUUUGAGCAGAUUUGAGCUAGUUUGCGUUUGCAUGGGAUGAAAAUAGGAGGACUGGCAUCGUAAAGGGCAUCGUAAAAGGGAGCAGGGGAUCAGGGGAGUGUCCCUUCAACAUUUUGCUUCUGCUGAUAGCCUAGUGUUCUAGGCAUUCGCUCGCAUUUCAGUCGUUCAUUCCUCGGACAAUGGACCACUUGUGCACAUCGCGGUCAAGAUAUUUCGAGCUCUGUUCUUGACAAUCUCUCGGUCUCUCCACGGCUCGCAGCAUAAUAAAUACACACAAAUACACACGCCAAAUCGCCAAGAUGGACAUGAGCUCGAUGGACAUGAUCAUGGCCAGCUCAACAGGGAGCUCCUCCCUGUCCAUGUCGACAUCGCCCUCCGACACGACGACGAUGGCUGACAUGGAUCCAAUGACCAUGGUGUUCUUCACGUCGACAGGCACUUCUCUCUGGUCGUCGACAUUCACGCCGAGCACGACAGGACAGUAUGCAGGGAUCUGCAUAUUCCUCAUAGCGUUUGCGACCAUCUUCCGGCUUCUGCUAGCAUUCCGGGCCAACUUCUUCGAAAUCAUGGCCGCCGCCGAGCAGCGCCGCAAUGGGGGCCUGUUGCACCCAUAUGCGACCGAUGCCAAAUCGAAGGCUCGUCCGUGGAGAGCGAGUGAAGCGGUGAUGAUGGCAUCCAUGGACGUCAUGAUUGCGGGUGUGGGCUAUCUACUCAUGCUCGCGGUGAUGACUCUGAAUGUUGGCUAUUUCCUGUCAAUACUUGCUGGCGUUUUCCUGGGGAGCAUGGUCUGUGGUCGCUUUAUAGGCAACUCUGCGGCGCACUGAAUUGCGUAUCAUAUAUGUGUGCGUGUGUAUUUUACAUCUGAGCAGAAGUGCUUGAUCAAGUCUCGCAUCCUCGAGUUCUCUAGCGGGACAAAGGACGCUACGGGUGGACUUCCGUACUAGGACGCUCAGUGGUGAGCGUGGAGACUAGUAUUUUGAGAUUAGAAAUAUCAUGGUAUUUCUACAUGUUGUUUUAACGUUUGCAUACCGUCGCGAAUUCUGACAUGGGCUAAUGGUCGCCAAAUUCACUGCUAUUAGUGCAUCACCCAUCGUGCCUCGCAUACUUCACAAACUCCUCAUCGACCCUUAACUGCUCCAUAUCCUCUUCUCGUAGACACAUUGCCACCGCGAUCUCGCCGUCACACGCCCGCGGCAUAAAAUACACAAAACUCUGGAGCGGCGCGAACCGUGGCCGCCUCACCGCCUCCGGGAAGCCGAGCCCCAGAUUAAAGUUCAAGCUAUAGCAAUCAGUCUUGGCCCAUGAGCUCAGCAU